GUAGAGAGCAGCUGGACCUUAGCGUCGCCUCCUGUGUGUUAGCCGAGUAUCUCUCGCGACCUCUGGAGCUGAACGCUGGGGCUCAGGUGAAUGGUUCUCUGUAGCUUCGCUGCUCCAUGUUUGUUGGGCCGCGAUGAGUGUGCUGUGCCGCGUGUUUCUCAGGGGGCUGCUGGGCGGCCAGCCGCCGCAGUGGUGGUUUGCUGCGGGCGGGUCUCAGUGUUUCUGUAGCGGAGUGUCCAGACUCGACUCUGCUCGAACUGACAGCGCCGCUAACUCCACCAGCCCUGUAAACCUGACAUAUGACGUGUUUGACGGGAAAGGGGACAGCACUCCUCUUGUAUUUCUACAUGGUUUAUUUGGGAGCAAAUCCAACUUCCACUCUAUAGCCAAGUCUCUGGUACAGCGGACAGGCCGGAAGGUGCUGACAGUAGAUGCUCGUAACCAUGGCAAGAGCACACACAGUCCGGUUCUGACGUAUGAAGCAAUGACCACUGAUCUGAAGCAUCUGCUUAGCCAGCUACGCAUUGGAAAGUGUAUCCUAAUUGGGCACAGCAUGGGAGGGAAAGUCGCCAUGGCCACAGCUUUGUCACAGCCUAGUUUGGUGGAGCGUCUCAUCGUGGUCGACAUCAGCCCUGCACCUACGUCAGUCCGCACCAAUUUCCGCUCCUAUAUUGAGGCUAUGAAGGAGGUGAACGUAACCAGUGACAUCCCACGCUCUACAGCACGCAGACUGGCUGAAGAUCAGCUCCGAAAGCUAGUCAAGGAGCAUUCAGUCCGGCAGUUCCUACUUACUAACCUUGUGGAGCAGAAUGGACAUUAUGCAUGGAGAGUGAAUUUAGAAGCCAUUUCAAAUCACCUGGAAGACUUGAUGGGUUUCCCUGAGUUUAACACCACAUUCGAUGGCCCCACCCUCUUCCUGGGCGGUAGUAGCUCAGCUUACAUUAGCUCUGAAGAUUACCCUGAGAUUCAGCGACUCUUUCCAAAUGCAGAUAUUCAGUAUAUCCCUGAUGCCAGUCACUGGAUCCACGCUGACAAGCCUCUGGACUUCAUCAGCUCUGUUAUCACGUUCCUGCAGUCCUAGUAGCCUGAGCUUACUCGUACAGGUGGGCUAAGCACUGCACUAUACAGACACUGGGGAGGUUCGAGGGCAUGGACCAAACUAACCUUGUUUUUUAUAAUUAAGCCUUGUCCUUGACCUUCUAAUGCACAACUUGACCUUUAUAUGGUUGUUUAUAGUUACAUAUAUGUUUUAAUGAUUUUUUUUUGCUGUUCAGUAUGCACUGACUCAACAUUCAUUGACACUGAAUAGUUUGAUUUCACUCUAAAACAGUUCUCAGCCUAAUGCAUACAUACAGAUAGAUCUUUGCUUUUAAGGGAAUUUAAGAAACUAGAUGACUUAAGUGAUCCUCUAUUUUUUCCCUUCUGUAUUAGAAUGAGUACUUGCAUAUUAGCAUUUUCUCCAGAAGACAUUCUUUCUCUAAUCCUAUAAAAUGUCCAAAGAUGCCUAUACAAUAUGGGCCUGGGUUUUUGGCACUUUUUUCUUGAGCUUAUGUGUUCUUUUUGUAGGAUCAGGACAUAUUCACCACCCUGCAAUAGACCAACAUUUCCCAUAAUUAUUACUGUUUUUAUUUAGACACUAAUGGUUCUCUUGUUCUUUGCCAUCUGUAUUUCAGCUCUAGAAGGGAUCAAGGGAUUUUUGUUGCCAGUGUUUCUAGAUAGUAUUUAUUAAUAUUUAUUCACAUUUUAACUGCUGUCCUUAAAGUAGAUAUAUACCACUUAUAUCCCAAAUAAUUGUGAGUAGCUUUUACAAAGAUUUUAUUGAGGAUUUAUGGAGGUGUUAGUUUUCUGUGUGUUUUCUUUGUUUAUUUGUAUACUCAUGUAAACGGCAUGUAAUUGUAGUGUGGUAGGUGUUUAAACAAAACUGACAUGUACAGUAUAACUAUAAUACCUUAUAUGCUAAAAGCUAUGCUGCCAGGUAUUAAACUCUGAGAAACCUCUGUGCAUCAGGUUAAAUAGCCUUGUCUUUUAUGUGGCCUCCUUUGUCAAUCGUAGAAGUGUCUGUCUGUAUUUUGUGACUGAAUGGUAUUUUGUAUUAUGUACUAUAUUGAACAUAUUCACAAAUUACUAUUAUUGGAUAAUAAGAAGAGGAAAUAUUUAUAUUUUAUGACUGUGGUGUCAAUGUUCAUAAUGAAUUUUAGGAUGGUGAUAUAUGCUGCAGAAUUAAACUUCAAUGCAAGUGAUUUAACCAACUAAAGUGCUGCCCACUUGCAUACUAACUGUAUAUUGUAGAACAAGCUGUGUGUAUAUGUUGGUGUAGAUGUACUGCUAUAUUUAUAGUGGUCUUUGUUGUAACAGCGUGGCUGGAUUAUUGAUUAUGAACGCGUGUUGGUAUAUGUGUGUUUAUGUGUAAAAGCACAGGUAAAUAUUUUUCCUGAAAAGUUUCUUUUUUUUAAAUGGAAGUUUACUUGUAAAAUGAUGCGAGAGCAUUGUAUAUUGCCAGAUACUUCUAUCAGAAGGGUUUAAUGACUUUGAGAAGCUCUAGAUAAAUGUACCGUAUGAACAAUCUUAAUGGUUCUUUGGAAAAAGCAAAUAGUUUGCCUUGGAGUCUGUGGACUUUUUCCACAAAGCAGGUUUAAUGGAAUGUAUUCGUAUGUCCUUUUACAAUCUAAUAUCCAAUCAUAUGUUUUCAUUUCAUAGUGAUGUAUAACAUAUGGGAUAAUUAUUCAAUAAUUCUAGGACUGGUUUGUGAACUUUGUGAACUCUAAUUAAAGCUAAUGUUGGAAUAUACUGCCAUUAAACUCUACUUCAUGGUAGGUUUAGGGUUAAUCUGGGUAAAAGAAGGGAAGUGGCCUUUCAUUUUUGUGGGAAAAAUAGAGCACAGUUUUUGCAGAGAUUGAUUGUUAAGGAUUGGAACUUCCAAUUUCCCCAGAAUGGUGUCCCAGUGUAAUUGCUUUUAAUGUGUGGUAGUCAGUGUUAUUAGUUUGAUCUAGUUGGCUUAUGUAGUUUUGUUGCUUUUUAUUAGUAGUCUUGUAGGCAUCAAAUAAUAAACAGGCAAAAACUUAGUACUUACUUAAAGUGUGUUUAGAACUUAAUGGCAUAUCUAUAAAAAUGAAAAGUACAUUAAUACAAAUUUGCACAAAAGUUAUUUUCCUUAUGACUGAGUGUAGCGAACACAGAAUGUAAACUGAUGCUAUAGGAUCAGUUUAACUUAAAUAAGACCAUAGACUUUUAACAACACCUGCUUUCUGGUUUUUGAUACUUACGUACACAGUCAAACCAGCGUAGCUAUUAGGUGGGAUGUGAUACGAUGUGAUUGCACAGAGAAAAUACUGUUGCUGCAGAAACGGCAAUACGUGGGGCCAAGCUCUAAACAUGCACCAGUGCUCCUUCCAGUGGCUGAAGCAUAUCUGUUAGGGUUCCAUGUGUUUCAAGUGUUCAAGCUCUUAAAACCUGACCAGUUUGUGUGGAUGUAUUCACAGUGCAUGCCAGACCCUUUCUGUGUACACUUGUCCUACUAAAUAAAUGUACAAGUUUUCAGAUCA